CAUGAUACCCGGUUCAGAAUGGGCGCAAUAUGGCGGAAACAAGUGGACUAGAUCCUAAGUCUUUUGUCCAGCCGACACUCAAAUAUAAUGCUGUCUUUUAGAUUGUUUAGUUUGGAAAUAUGAGCGGAUCAAUUCUAAAUUAUUUUUUCGCGUUAAGUCAUACAAAAUAACAACGAAGGCUUCAACAUUUGGAUAGGACUGUGAGAACACCACAAUGAGCCGCCGCCACGCAACAGAAUUCCGAGGGGCCUCCCCCUCCCCACCGUUGCCUACAGAUCAUGUGUUGAACUCGGGAGCAGUGGUUUUCCCUGGUGCCUUUGAUCAGCAUGGAUGUCCUCUGGUUAUGUUCCCUGUGGAUGCUCAUGGCAAUCUUUCAGAUCUAAGCAAAUCUGAAGUGGUUGACUUCAUACACUACUUCCUCAGUUUGCACAAUAAGAAACAGGAGAAGGAGAGUUUGGUUUCAGUUGUGGCUGAUUUGAGACAAGCCACUCUUACUACAACAAGGUUCAUCGCUGAAACUCUUCUUCUCCUUGAGUUUCAUAGGAGGACCGCACACACUGUAUACAUAAUUCAACCGAAAAAGAAAGAUGUUCUGAAACUAUUGUUGAAACUGCUGGUACCAUCAAAGUCAUAUGUUGCUCCCUUUAAGAGAGUUCUGCUGAAAGAGGUCUUUGACCUUUCCAACUACAUUGAUAGAAGCCAGUUGACUGCAGCUUUAGGAGGCUACCUGGUUUACUGUCAUCGGAGUUGGGUGACCUUUAUCAAGGAGAUUGACUGCUUUGUCCAGGAGUUUCUCUCGGUGGUCCAGAGGCUCCCGUCCUCCAUCUCCACCCUGCAGACCCUCUCCAGACAGCCUGUUCCUUCUGCCUUCACCGAGCUGAAGGCCUUCUGUUCCACCAACGAGGCCAAGUUCCAACUGCUUCGGCGGGAGCUGGGGUUGGACGAGCUGCUAAGGCACUGUGAGUGUGUGGUCGAGAAGCUGCGCUACCCUGAGAAGAACUCGUGCUAUCAGGCCGUGGCCGGGACGGCCCUCUUCACCCACACAGCCUUCGACAUGCUGCAGAACUACAGCAGGAUAACUGUGGCUGUGGAAAAAAUUGAGUUGCUGUGGCAACAGGCCUUUUCCAAGGCCCACCUUCAGCUGCAGGUCUUCCAGCUGCGUAAUGAGGCACAGCAGAUAAUGGAACAGAUUAAAAGCCUUCAGAAAGAGAAGCUCCAGCCUUACAGAAUAGAGAUCGCAAAAGAUGCCAGAAGGGCUGAGACGUUAACAUCAGAAUUUGAGGCAUCCAUCUAUACUCCUGCCAUGGCCCUGGUCCGCUGUUCUGAGGAUGUGAUCCACACGUUAGCUGAGAUUCUGCCUCCUGGUGAUGCCCAGACCAGGGAAGAGUGGGUGCAGGUUCUGGACAGACUGAAGGAGAACUUCCACUCUGCUGUAGAACUCCCUAAUCAGACCCUCCGAGCAGUCUCUGACUUCUACCACUACUACAACAAAGCCAAUAGUUGGUACAACAUAGUCCUGUGUGAGAACUUUCUCCAAGCCCUUCUGUGGGGUGUGAACUGUGACCGCCUCCCCAAGCGGCGCCACCCGCUGGAGAUGCAUGGCCCUGUCCCUGUGUGGAGGCAGGCGGUCUGUGACUUCCUGAGAAAUAACCCCUCCCCGGACAUGGAGGAGCUGGUCCAGCUGGCUCACCUGGCCAACGUCAUCCCUGACACCCAGCUGCAGCAGACUGGCAAACGGCUAUCACAAAGGUGCAUGACUCUGUGUAAACUCCUGACCUGUCCAGGGGCAGUUCCUAUCAACGACCUCCAGUUAGCGCUGCAGUGGCAGUAUGAGUUUCUGCGAGCCAGCCACAGGAAAGGACCUGGGCCACAAACUAACCUGCCUGUAGGCAGAGGGCCUGAGGCCAUUCACAGCAUUCCAGAUGCGAUGUGUAGUCACAGUAGAACCUCUGGUUCCAGAUCCGACUGCCACACUAAGGACAACAUGCACAGCCACGGCUCCCCCUCCAACCUGAAGCACCAUCAGGCCCCUUUGGGUACGGCUGUCUCUGGGGCUGUGACUGCUGUAGGGAAGCCUCCGUCCCUCAGCUCCUUUGACUCUGGCUUUGAUGGAGCAGGAAGCGGCCACAUGGAGACUGGAGCUGGGCGAGAGGGGUGGGAGGGACUGUCCAGGGUACCAGGCACCAGGCAGCCCCAGAUCCACAAGGAGAACAUCUCCAGCGUGUCUGACUCUGAGGACCGCAGGGAGGAGUUUGACUUUGGCUCCGUGGGAAGCACCUCCAGGGCCAGCAUUCAGAUCAUCCCAAAGAUAACUGUGGACUCGAUGCAUUUUGAGAUCAAGCUGAAGCGGUCGGCUACCCUGCCCCAGAACCCAUGGCUCAGUCUGCCUGUGGAAGACCUGGAGAACUCCUACACGGUCACCAUCACCCAGAACCCAUCACAGUCACCACACCCACGGGACGUCAAGAGCCCGAACCCUUCAGAGUGCUCCCACCACAGUGACCGAUCAUCCAACUGGUCCAGAGACCAGCCCUCACAGACAGAGGUACAAACCAGCCCUCAGAGCAGAGGGGCACAGCCCCGUAUCCUGCAGGCACAUGACAGCUUUGAUGACUCGGAUCUGAGCCCCGUUCGGAAUGCCCUCUCCAGCACCAUCGCAGAUGCAAGAGAUGGGCCCAACUACACUGCAGAGAGUGCCCCCACACUACUCUGGGAUACGUAUGACUUCCACAACCCCAAACAGGACACCUGUGAAAGGAUAACCAGCUCCAUGACUGAAGUCUCGUUAAAUGACUGGGACCUGAAGGAGCAGGAGGGUCUCAGGGAGGUAGAGGAGAUCUUGGACCGGGCAGCUGGAAUACUAGAGGAGGAAGAAAAUGUGAUGGCACAGGAGCAUAUGUUGGCUGUUCUUCUGAAGACUGAGAGCACGAACAAACCAUGGGAAUCAUGGGGCAGUGAGACGCAGAUAAGUGUGAUGUCCUCCUGUGACCUAAAGGCACAUGGUGUCCUGGGCCUUGAUGACAGUCUUGCCUCUGCUGACAAUGACAACCAGAGUGAAUGCAGGUCACCAGAGGCAGCCAGUGAAACUGAGGCCUCAGAACACAGCAUGGGCCACAAUGGACGGCUGAUGGAGACUGGUUUGACUGGUCUGAUGUCCCCUCAAAUCAGCAGGGGAGAGUUGCUGAAGGAGCUGAGAGGACUGCACGUUCUGGAUGAGCUCAUCAUGGAGGAGAACCUCAAGCUCCACGAGCUUCGACGGGCUGAGAAGCAGUGCCUUGAUGAAAAGCCCCCUCAAUCAGCGAGUUCCCGAAGUAGGAGCAAGGAGAGGCAGGUGUUUCUAUUAGAACUACAGAGGGAGAAAAGGGAAGUGGAGAGGAUGGAAAAGAGCCUAGAUAAAGAGAUGACCAAAGAAUGUCAACUCAAGAAGAGGAUAAGCAGAACCAGGAAAGUAGUGAAAUGCUCUAUAAUGGAAAGGACUUCUGAACUUAAAAACUUGGAGGACCGUGCACUCUGUGAUGAGCUUAUAUCAGACUAUAGGAGCCAACACCGCAACGUAAAGCACUUGCCUAUCUUGCCCCUAGACCCCAUAAACUUGGAUCCUAAUGAAUCCCUCAGUAUUACUGCAACCCCAUGUCCAGAGACUGCCAAAACCCCUGUAUCACAAGAAUUUGUUCAAAGUGUAAAUGGUCAAUCCCCACAUUGGGACUCUAAUAUAUCCGGUUGUGGUGAUGCCAUGGUAGAAGUAGACACUCCCAGCCACCAUGAUCUUAUGAAGUCCAGUGCACCACAACAAGUCUUAACUCCACCACAAAUCCCUUCUGAUACCAAUGAAUCUAUUGAAGAGGUUGGAAUCCAACGCCAUGAGGGUACAGAGGAGAAAGAUUUAAGAUCUGGGGAAGUUGUUCAAAGUUGCACACCAGAGACCACCUCCUUGACACCGGAAAUGUGCCCCGAACAUGGAGCAUUUGACCCAGGUGCUAAUGCCAACAACCUCCCUGUGCCUAAACCAAGAAAGGCAUCACUUCCUGUGAAUUAUAAAAGUCAAGAACUCAAAAUUCCAACGGAACCCAUGUAUAGAACUCUCUGCCCUGAUGGUGAUUCAGACCCUGACCCUAGGCUCGCACCGCAAGUCGUGUCAGAGCUCAACACUCAUCCGAAGCCUAAAGAGCGACGCCCCAAAUCUACACACAGAUCUCCUAGUCCUGUUUUGAGUCCAGAUGUGAAUGAACACAGAAGUAACAACCACGACAAACCCCUCGCAGAUCAACAGGCGUCCUUAUGUAAUAACCCUUUGGAGUUCCAUGAACAGUCAAUGCUAGACGGUUGCUCUGUGGGAUCAACAUUAACGCCUGUUGACUCUGACUGUGUUCAGAUAGAAAUCCAGACAGAAAUCCACCGCUCCCAGAAAUCUGAGGAUGUUUUAAUAACACAUUUGGGGUCUAAUUCUGAAGAGCUAUCUCGUAUGUCUGCUGAAGUAACAUCUGGAUCAUGUGAACCAAGCGGAGCUGAUGAGUGGAGAGAAGUAGAGGUCCCUGAUGGGUUUCAGAGGCGUGGGACUGCCAGGAGAUCACCUGUCAAUCAACCCAAUCACCACAUCACCACCAGAGACAUGAACAAUUUCAAGACCGCUAUUGUGCUGGACACAGGAUCUGGUUUGAUGAAAGCAGGGUUUGCAGAUCAGGACCUCCCGACUACUGUAUUCCCAAAUAUCAUUGGGCUGCCCAAAUACGAGGAAAUAAUGAAUGGCAUCUUGGAACGGGAGACCUACAUUGGACACGAGGCUCAACAUAUGAGGGGAGUCUUGGCACUGAAGUAUCCCAUGAAGAAUGGAAUUAUACGCAACUGGGAUGAAAUGGAAAAGAUUUGGCACCACACAUUCCAGCAGCUGCAUGUGGAACCAGAUGAUCACCCUGUCCUACUGACCGAGGCAGCCAUGAACCCGCUGGAGAACCGGCAGCGCAUGGUGGAACUCAUGUUUGAGUGCUUCAAUGUUCCACUCACCUACGUGGCCAUGCAGGCGGUGCUGGCGCUUUAUGCAGCAGGGAGAACCACAGGUGUAGUGUUUGACUCUGGGGAUGGAGUGAGCCAUAGUGUGCCAGUGUUUGAGGGAUACUGUCUACCUCACGCAGUGCAGCGCUGCACCCUGGCUGGCCAUGAUGUUACAAUGCACCUUAAAAAGCUUCUGCAGGAGCAGGGGGUCUGCAUGCGCACUUCUGCCGAAAUGGAGAUUGUGAGGGAGAUGAAGGAGAAAUGCUGCCAGGUGUCCCAGGACUAUGAAUCGGAGUUAACCUGUGGGGGGUCGGCCAGCAGUGAGAUGUAUUACACCAUGCCUGAUGGACAGGUCGUCCGCCUCAGCACAGAGCGGUUCAGGGCUCCUGAGAUUCUGUUUAAGCCAGAGCUAAUUGGACGAGACCAUUACGGGAUGCAUGAGAGUAUUUUCAAGUCAAUCCUCAGUUCAGACAUUGAUCUCCGGCGGAGCUUUUUGGGGAACAUCGUCCUAUCAGGUGGAAAUACCCUGCUGGCUGGACUGCCUGAGCGGCUUCAGAGUGAAAUUAGAACCAUGGUGCCUACAGACUUGGGGGAGUGUGUGAAGGUGACAAGCCCGAAGGACAGAGAUUUCUCUGUGUGGAGCGGAGGUGCAGUGCUGGCCAACUUGUCAUCCUUUGCCUCGGCCUGGAUCAGCCAAGAGGAAUAUGAGGAAUAUGGCCCCCAGAUUGUUUUCAGGAAGUGCUUCUGAGCUGUACUCAUCUACUGGGCUGGACUCGCCUGAACUGUAUGGAUACAUGUUCUCACACCCGUGCAAUAGAGUGUAGCUCUUCAAUAGUGCCAAGUUUCUACAUCUGUGCUUUCUAAACCUUUUAAAUUGUUUUCAAUCUUUCAUUACUGAUGUUCAGCACUGACCCUUCCAACAAUCUGGUACUUUGAGUGUGAUAUAAAAUGUUUCUACUGAUCAGACAAUAGUUGGGAAUGUUCAGAUUUAUACUUACCGUGGCAUUAAUCCUGACUCAAGACGUUUGCCUUCCUUAAAUCAUGCCUUUGUGUCAAAGGAAGAUUUACUUACUUGCUAGCUAUAGUGCUUGUCAUGAAUCCCCUGAUCAGGGUCUGGCCUUAUGUAAAGAAAGGUGACUGAUUCUCCUCUAUGAUCGACUCCUAAAAAAUAGUAACUGUGCCCUUGGAUGGGUGUGCCUCUUUUGAAAUAUGAGGUUAUUUUUCUACAGGUUUUCCAACCCUUUUUGCAAUUUUGUUUUAAUUUUUUGAAUAUGACAAAAGGCACUUGAACCAGGUAUUUUGAUGAUGGUAGGGAAACCUAUCGAUGUUCGAUUUAUUUAAGGGCCCACUUGAUCAAUCUUCUCAGUUUCUUAGAAACGACUACGACAAUGCCACAGUUCUGGCAAGGUCCAUGACCAGAACUGUACGUAGUGCCCCAAAUUGAAUCAAGUUUGUAAGUACAUUUUCCUAUGUUUUUAAUUUGGUUUUCUAAAGUUGUCUUGAAAUAACUUAACCUAAAAUGUACACGUUAUAUUUUCUGUGUCCACUUGGUGAAAGAUGGGCUACUGUAGUUUUCCCUCCAAGACUUGUAGCUAAAUCAUUGCAGGUGAAGAGUUGAGAAUGUACUGUAUGUUAAUAAUGCCACCAUGCCUGAAUGUUAGACUGACUUUUCAUUUUACUUAUCCAUUCGAGUUUUCCUUCUGUUGUCUUGAGGCUGCACUUAGUGUUGCUUAGGGUAUGUUUCAUGUCCCAAAUAUAAGGCCUAUAUUGCGCAAGUCCUGAAUUUAGGGUCAUUAUUGAGCUGUAAACAAACACUGUUAUAUUGCGCAUUGAUCCUUUAAGCCUACGUUUUUGUUUGUGAUUGGGCCCUUGAUUUAAUGUACAAACAUCACCUCUAUUCUUGACUCUGGUAUGAUUUGUUGGUUCACAUUGUAUUUAUUUUCAUAUUUGAGUUUGCAUGUUUGUUCACAGUAUAUUAACUUUUUUUGCUUAUGAAUAUUGAGCAGUCUUUCAACUUUUGUUAUGGAUAGGUCAUAUCUGACUUAAGCACAUGUUUUUCUAUUAUAAGUAUUUAUGUAAAAGUAUUUUGACAGCAAAUACCUGAACUUGAGGAUGUUUUAUGUUGUUUCAUUGAGGCUACCUGAUAGCCAUGUUUGUGAUGCCUUUACCAUUUGAUGGUUUUCUUUUACUAUUCCUAUGGACACGCAAUUGGCCUUAUUAGUUAAAGAACUUGCUGUAUUUUGAUCAACCAGAAUAUCAACCCCAUUUUAUUAACAGUAGACUUACUACUACCUAGUGUGAUUCACUUAUUACAUAACGACUCUUUGAUUUUGGCACACCGUUUUUGCUUGUUCUUUUAAGUGUGUUUUUAGAACUGCCAUGUUUUUCUACUCUAAAGAAGUGGGGUUGCCAUGUGAUCUUAAUCACAGGUCUUUUAAAUGGAGGUCUGAAGCAAUCCCUGUGGGAAAUGGAAAGGCCUUAUCUGAGGGCUGAAAUAUGGAGACUGAUGAAUAGUCUGCUCAUUUAUGUUAGUUCUUGGUGGUCAGAGGUUGAAAUGAAGUCCCAGCCUCUCGGUUUCGAUUGUAUAUUCCAUGCUCGAGUCUUGCUAUGAUGUACUUAAACCAAGUUGUAUGUCAGGUCUGUUUUUAG